AUGGCGUCCGAUCUGUGUGUGUCGGCGGGGGUGGAAGCGCCCGGCAGAGUGGGACCCCGGGACGGGGCUGCCUCCGUCAACGUGAUCCACGUCGCCAAGCUGCUGACGCGCACCGAGGAGCGCCUCCUGGACACGGAGCGGGGCCUGAUCGAGGCCGUGCGCCGCACCAUCCACGUGACGGAGGGCAUGAUCGCGCUGGUGCGCAGCACCACGGCCACCACGCACGCCCUCAUGCUGCCCCACGGCGACGGCGGCUACCUGGGCGCGUGCCGCGGGCCGGGGGAGUGCACCCAGGCCAGCCUGCACUGCGCGUGCCAGCGCGUCGCCAUGGCCAAGGACCUCGUCAGGGUCGUGGAAGGGCUCAACCGCACGGCCGGCCGCGUCAACGAGGCCACCGACUGCCUGAUCAAGCUGUCCAAUCGGCUGUCGCCCCGGGAGCCGCUGACGGAGACCUGCACCGACUACUUGAUGGAGAGGGUGGUGGCGGCGGAGGGCGCGGCGCGCAGCAUCACACAGGUGGACUUGCAGGCCACCGCCGUUCGCACAGAGUCCGUUACUUACUCCAGAGCAACACGGUGCUGCGGCCCCACCCGACAGGUUCAGUCCAGCCUGCAGCUGCGCGUGCACACGCUGGGGGUGGCGGCGGAGGCCCUGUGCUCGCGCGGCCUGGGGCCAGGCGUGGAGGCGACCCCGGAGCGGGACCGCGCCGUCCAGGACCUGCGCUCCAUGAUGGACAGCGCGUCCACCGCGGUGGCCGAGCUCACCGCCACGGCGGACACCCUCCAGGACUCGGCGCAGUUCCUGAGGGGAGUGGUCCGGGAACUGAUCGCCCUUCAGGUCACGCAGGUGGGUUAA